AUGAAGUGCGUUCCGUUUUGGAAGGGUUGCAAUCGCAACGUAGAUUACAUUGAUCAGCGGAACAGAAGUUUGACAAAAGUUCCGGAUGAAAUUGAACGGUAUUCGAAAUCGUUGGAGGAAUUAUUGUUGGACUGCAAUCAAAUUAGGGAUCUGCCUAAAAGCUUGUUUCGAUUAGAACAGUUGAGAAAACUGACUCUCAGCGAAAACCAACUUUCUCGCCUACAGGCUGAUUUUGCAUCUCUGGUGAACUUGCAAGAACUUGAUGCCAGCAAGAAUGAUAUAAGCCAAGUUACUGAAAGCCUGAAGCACCUUAAAAAUUUACAAGUUCUCGACUUGAGUUGCAAUCCGCUACAGGACCUGCCCUCAUCAUUCACGACCCUGAAGAACUUGACGGUCCUCAACCUCAAUGACAUCUCCAUUGCGAGGCUGCCUUCUGACAUUGGAAAUUUAUCGAAUCUGGAGGUAUUAGAGCUAAGGGAUAACUUGCUACAUCAGCUGCCCGAUUCAAUUGGUCAGUUAACUCGUCUCAAGGAAAUAGGUAGUUUAAAAAGUUUAACAGAACUCGACGCCUCAGAGAACCGUCUAGAUAGAAAUUUGAAAAAGUUAACGACAUUGAAACUCGAACAAAACAGAUUAGUUCAACUCACUUCCAACAUUGGAAAUUGCUCAUCUCUGGUUGAAUUGAUUUUAACAGAAAAUCUUCUGCUCGAAAUUCCCUCGACAAUUGGGAAGCUGAAGAACCUCUCCAUCCUCAAUGUCGAUAAGAACAGGCUGUCCAGUGUGCCUCCAAAGAUAGGUGGCUGUACAAAAUUAAGUGUCCUCUGCUUGAGAGAUAACUCAAUAUGGAGACUGCCCCCAGAGCUUGGCUACCUGAAGGAACUACAUGUUCUUGACGUUUCAGGCAACAGAUUACAACAUCUGCCAAUGAGCUUGAACUCUUGUAACUUGAAAGCGCUGUGGUUAUCAGAGAACCAGGCACAGCCACUGCUGAAGUUUCAACAAGACAUUGAUGAGGAGACCGGUGAUAAGGUUCUCACGUGUUUCCUACUACCACAGCAGGCUUACACCGAUAGCAUGGAGAACCUUCUGAAAGACAGCUUCAUGGUAGCUUCCGAUCAAGAUAGUCGAUACACGUGGACUGACCAUUCGAAGAGUCUCGUCAAGUUCGCUGAAGAUAUACAUGAUGAAGAUAGUGACGAAGAGUUUAGCUGGUGUGAGAACCGUGUCUCAUGCUAUUCUUACAUGCUGUCUUACGUGAAACUCAAAUGUUAUCACACGCCUCUUGCAUAUGACGCACCGAAUCCCUUCGUUCGGCACAACACGCCGCACCCGAAAGAUUUAAAAACGAGACACAACAAGAUGUUUGAGAAGAAUGUUGAUGGUCACAUGAUACCACACAAGUCUGGCAAGUCCAAGGUCGAAAAUGAUUCAGGCUGUGAGAUAUCGAAAUCUCCGAACGGCAUAUCAAAUAAUGGUCAGCUGAUUCAACAUGGCUCGUCAGUCGAUGAAGAUUACAGAUCAAUGGAGAACGCCUCACCAAAUGGGAUUCAAGGACUUCACACAGCAACGACCCCCACGUCAGCUAACAACAGCUUACAUUACCUCAUCAACCAUAACAACAACGGCUGUGAUAAUGACGUCAGCAAGGGAGAUAUGAAUAAGAAGGAGGAGGUUAUUUUGAGAAUCAUUAAAAAAAAAGGGGUCGGACUGGGGUUAAGUAUUGCCGGGGGUCUUGGGUCCAUACCCUAUGAAGAUGACGACGAGGGCAUCUUCGUUUCGAAAGUGAACCAGUCGGGAGCUGCUGACAGCUGUGGUCUGAGGGCCGGGGACAAGAUUAUUUCGGUUAAUGGCAAGAGUAUGGUUGACAUUGAGCAUGGGAAAGCAGUGGAGAUUCUGAAGGCAGGUGGGAAUGAUAUGGUGGUUGUUGUCAGUAGAAGGAUUUGCAGCUGCCAUUCCAACAAUGGGGAAUUUCCCAGUAACUCCAAAAACAUGGCCAACAUUAAUUUCAUCAACAACAACGACAACAACAUCAACAACAAUAUCAACAACAACAUCAACAACAACUUAGCGGCAAACGCCAGAUCAACAUCAACAUUCCUCAACAGUACGUCCAGCUUAGCAGCUUCCGUAGCAUCAUCCUCAGCGUCAUCCUUCUUUCCGCCGACACCGACCUCAUCAGCAGCAGCAGCGGCAACAGCGAUGCCGCUUCUCGUGACGUCAUCCUCUACAUUUCCGGCAUUUUAUUCGGAUCAUAGUUUAGCGGCUACAUUCUCGUCGACACCGCAGCAACAAUAUCAGCAGCAGCAGCAGCAGCAAAACUAUCACAUGUCGACGUCGUUGUCGUCGUCGUUGUUUGUCAAUCCGUCCUAUAACUUAUCCCCAACAUCUUCAUCGCCAGUUAAUAACAACGGCGAUUCAGUAAAGGACACCAGCGGUCAGCAACAUCACCUCAAUGCUAGCCACAAAAGUAAUACUUCCUCUCUCUCCUUUUCGCCAUCUUCCUACCCACUGGAGGAAAUCCACGUGAACAAAAUCAACGGUGCCCUCGGUCUGAGCAUCGUCGGGGGGCUGGGGCACACGAGCCACCCCUUCGGCAUCGACGAGCCUGGCAUUUUUAUUUCUAAGAUAACGAAACACGGGCCAGCCUCGCGCACAUCCCUGCGAGUGGGGGAUCGGAUAUUGUCAGUGAACGGAACGGACGUUCAACACGCGACGCACCAGGAUGCCGUGUCGGCUCUCGUGGCUCCCGAAACUACUGUGGUACUCCUGGUCAGAAAAGAUCCGCAGCCUUCCGGAAUGAUGGAGGUGGCACUGACGAAAGAAGCGGACGAGCAACUGGGACUGACCAUCGUGGGGGGAGUUGGAAGUGACGAAGACAACGACGAUGACUCAAGGAACGCCCUCAGAGAUGAGGGAAUAUUCAUAUCUAGAAUCAUACCGAACACUGUGGCUUCUAGGUGCAACAAAUUGAAGGCAGGCCAGAGAAUAUUAGAGGCAUGUCUAUUUGUUAACGGUCAUACAAUGCUGGGCAUUAGCCAGAAAGAAGCGCUGACCAUUUUCUCCGAGAACUCGACCAAAAAUUUCGACCUACUCGUCUGCGAUGGCCUCCAAAUGAAAACAACAACUAUGACGUCAUCGUCUUCGUCAUCCAAUCAGAAUCAGACGACAACAAAUUCGCGUCACUUUGUUAAUAAUGCCGGCUGUGGAGAGGAUGGCAGAGAUAAAUAUCAACAGGUGAGUUCUUCGAGAACAGCUGCAACCCUUUGCGGCCUCAACAACGCCUCUAAUGCCAGCAACAAGUUUGGGAAUGUUGAUUCGAUCUCGCCAACGUCAUCAACAACAACAGCAGCACCGACAUCGACAACGACAUUAACUUUCAACAAACAACAACAACAACAGCAGAUAUUUUCAGCAAAACUCCCGCCUUUUGGCAGACCAUCUCAUCCUCACCCCUACAUAAAAGACAUCAUAAACAAAAAAUUUGCGAAUGACGAUCCAGCCGCAAGAACAACAACAAACAACAAACCAACAACGCCAUCCACGUCUCCGCCGUUUCUUAACUACAUGUUUCCAACAAAACUACAAAACUUCAACAACUUUCCAUCAAGCCCAUCAUCAGCAACCAACUACUACAACAACAAUUUGUCAUCAUCUCCAUCUUCAUCUCCUCCCCACCUUCCGGCUGUCCUUCAAAAGUUGCUCCUCCAGGCUCCGGAUGGGGUUAACAAGAACAGUUCAAGCAGCAUGAAUGACCUCCUGGACCCCACGCCCUCGAAUGUUAUGACGUCAUCGAUGUCGUCCUCAUCAUCUCCAGCCAAUGGCGAUCGAGUACAUUUGGAUCGCAAGUGCUCAUUGGAUGCCAGCAUGCGACCGCACCACCUCUUGCUGACCAAUAAGAAAGGUCUGUCUGCUCUGGAGGAAGAAAGGAAGGUCAAGGCUGAACAGAGAAGACUCGCAAGGCUACAAUUUUUGGAGGGAGCCAGCAGUAGAUUGCAGACGAAACCUUACGACGGAGACAUGUUCACAACUGUAAAACCACACCCUACGUGAUGGGGAGCAUGUUCAGAAAAAUUCCUCCUAUAUCACCACCAUUCUCUUUUGUUAUCAUCGUCGUCUUCAUCGUCAUCAUCGUCUUUUUAUUUUUUGACACCAUCACAUUCUUAUUAGAACUACUUAUGAUAUAUUUUGCCAGUUCAUGUUUAGUGUGUAAGUGUCUUUGCAAUUGUGUUUACAGGUUACUGUUUGCCUAUUCUUAUUUGUUUCACAUUACGAUGUCUUUUUUCAUUACUGUAUCAUGUCCAUAUUUUACUUUUAAUUUUAUCUCUCCGUCAAUUUUUAUUCCUUCAAAACUUUCUCUCAUUCUCUUUCCUCAUAAUUUAUUCAUUCGUUUUUUCAUUCAUUCAAUCAUUUAUUCAUUUAUUUCUAAAUAUUACUAGUGCGCCUAUUGGACAAAUAACAACUGCU